AUGGCAGUCCCGACUUUCUCUGCAGAUGCCUCCGGUGAUGAUCUAGGCACCAGUGCAAGAAGUUACCUACGUCAGGUCGACGCUUGGAUUAAGGUCACCCGCACUGCUCCGGAUCAGCGAGCUUUGAUCCUCUACCAGAACUUGGCCGGACGAGCAUGGGUGGAGGCAGAGGAGCUCGAUGUGGAGCGUUUGGCCUCUCCAGAUGGGGUGGACUUCUACCGCAAGUGGAUCCAGGAGCGCUACCAGGAGGUGGAGGUCAGCAAGAUCGCGGAGGCUCUGACGCACUUCUUCAAGCGCAUGAAGCGGGGUCCUGGCCAGAGCAUUCGGGAAUUUAACAGUUCCUUUGACAGGGCCUAUACGAGACUCCUUGAGAUAGACUGCAAACUUCCUGAAGUGGCCAGGGCUUGGGCGUACUUACAUGCUAUGGGACUUACGGCUUCGGAGGAGUUAGCUCUUCUUGCUUCAGUUGGAAAUGAGUACAGUCCUAGUCGUCUUCAGAAAGCAGCGAUCAUGCAUGAGAAGAGCCUCAAGGGACCGUGGACUUUCCGCAAAGGGCCAGGUGCUCCAGGGGGCUACGAUGGACGGCGUGUCACCAAGGCCUACCUCACUGGCCUAGCUGGAGAUGAAGAUGAAGAAGAAGACGAUGACGCAGAGGCCAUUCCUGAAGAACUUGCAUGUGAACUUCAUGAAGCAUAUGUCGCUCAGGAGGCAGCCAAAUCCAGAUACAAGGACCUCGUGAAGUCCAGAGGCUUCGAUAUGGAUGCCAACGCUACCUCUGGACGAGGCCAGGAUCGCACAGCUGCAGAACGCCUCCAAUUGGCAAAGAGUCGAUCGUUUUGCGCAGGCUGCAAACGGAGGGGGCACUGGCACCGGGAUCCAGAAUGUCCUCUUAAUGGCGGUGGCGGUCGAAAGGAUCCUACAUCGACUACGGCGACUUCGGGGAGUUCGGCUAAGAGCGAUGGCGAUGCGAAGGGCGGGCACACCAAGGACUCCUACGUGACCCACGUUGCCUAUGUCGUGGGUGAGGUUCCUACGACCGAGCUGAUGGCGAUCACCGAUUGCGCGUGCAGCAAAUCAGUGGCUGGGCAGGCUUGGCUGGAGAGCUACACAAAGGCGGCGAAGAGAUGUGGCGUGGAGGUCCCCCUCCACAACUGCGAUGAGAACUUCCGCCUCGGUGCGAGCCGUGUCUUCCAUGCCAACUACCUCGCCACGGUCACCUUCCAGCUGGGCAAGAGCACUGUGAUGAUCCGCGUGGCAAUCGUCAAUGGCGAAGUGCCGUUGUUGCUGAGCCGUUCGGUGUUGGCCGAACUCGGGAUGGUCUUUGACAUGGCCCACCACACGGCGGACUUUGUCGCCCUCGACGUCUUCAAGUACCGCCUCCUCUACACGGAAACGGGCCAUCCAGCUCUCCCGGUGAACCCUCAGAAGGUUCCGAAUUUUGUCUUCCCAGACCCCCAAGAGUGGGGAGCUGACGAGAUCAAGAUUGCCUCUUCGCGCCAGCAGCAAUACACGGCUUUUGUCAUGAGCGAAGUUUGUGAUGGGGGCCCAGAUAGUCGUUCUGCUGGAGUUGCUGCUGACAGUGUCCUCUCUCGACUUUCCCACAUGGCGGCGGUGACCAACGUAUGGCGCGCCAACAAGAAGGACCUGAUCUCCAUGGCCCACGAGGCCGGCCUGACUAUCCACGAAGGCUGGACGAUCGGCGAGAUACGCCACAUCGUGAUCGAGCACCGCAAGGCGAACAAGAGCGAGGUCCCGAAAGGACUCGGGAAAAUGACACUUCAAGAGCUACGCGAGAAGGCGACCGAACUCGGGAUCCACUACAAGCCGGACGCGCCGAAGGGCUACCUCCAGCCCAUCCGGGACAAGACGAAGGGCGCAGACGAGGAGAUCGUCUGCUUCGGGAGGUACAAGAAUCACCUCUAUCGCGAGGUGCCACAGAACUACUUGGACUGGGCAGUUCGCGAAGCAGCUGCGAACCCGAACGCGUCGGCCGACUUGAAGAAGCUUGCAGCUUGGGCCGAAAGCCGGAAGGAGACGAGUCGGAGCUCGAGCAGUGUAGAUCCGGAGACGGUGGCCGUGCUCCCCUACGAGGCCACGGAGACAGAUUCCUCGGAGAUGUCCAAGUGGUCUAUGGUCAACGGGUGGAGGGGAGACCAGCUCCCGAUCAAGCCGAAGGGCCGCGCCCCGCCACCUCCGAGUCAAUCGUCGGGGCACCGCGGCUACAAGGAGGACCGGGCCACCAACAAGCAGACCAGGCGAGCAGUGGAAGCAAAGGACGUGGAGCAGGCCACCCCGGCCCGCGUGCAACAGGAUGUCCCGGAAAAGAUCAAGUCGGAGCUGAAAAAUUUGACGACGAGACUCGCGCCGCUUGCUGAGGACGCCGAGGGUGGCCAGGACGGCGUCCCCUACAGCAACACUGGCAAAAGGGUCCUCUUCAACCUUUCUGAGGGCUCUUAUAUGAACUCCGGGCCGGGCGACGGUUUGUCGCUUGGGGGAGACGAGCGUUUUGGUUCCCCGACCACCGAUGGUGGCGAUAUGAACUCCGGGCCGGCCGGCAUUUUGCCUGCUGGGGGAGACGAUUCCGCGCUACCUGAACAGGAGGACUUCUACGACUGCCACGACGGGUUCGACGAUUACAAGGACACUGGACUUCGAGAACCUCCACGUGUUUACGAGGGCUACUACAGCAAUCGAGAGUUCAAUGAGGACAUUGAGAGAUUGGCAAAACGUCUGCGACAGAACGAACUCUACGACUACCAGAAUGCAGGCGAGCUGAUCAAGAUGUUGUCUGUUGCUGGCGCCGGGACUGAGAAGCGGGAAAUCCAUGGCAAGCAGGCCACGACGCUCAUCCUUGGAGCGUAUGCCUAUGGUGCUUUCUAUGGGCUCACCAGAGCCACCACUCAGUUCAUCGAGGCGGCCCGCUACAUGAACAAUUUCCUCCGAAGACACGGGGCCAGUGGCGACUGGUCCGCCAUCUCGGUCGGAUGGAACCUGAGAUCCUCACUCCACCGGGAUCCUAACAACAGGCCCGGAACCAACAGCCAACUUAUCGCCUUCGGAGACUUCCGCGGAGGCCGGCUAUGGAUCGAGGAGAACGGCUACUGCUCUGCCACCGGUGAUGGGCAAAGGGCGACCUACAAGACGGAGGCCGGCGAGGAGAUUGAGGGCGCCUACCACAACGUCAACGGCGAGAUCUACAAGUUCGAUGCCCACAAUAGGCACUACGUCGAGGAUUGGGAGGGCGAGCGUUUCUCUAUCUCAGCAUACACGCCCCGCGGGGGCGAGAACCUCAAUCAGAUCCAGCUCGAUACCCUCAGGGCCCUCGGCUUCCCAAUUGGCCGCAAGCGAAAAGGUGGAAGGGCCGAUGAGGUUCUACCUAGUCGAGAUGUACAACGACGUGAUCUACGACCAAGAAAGGGUGUCCGGAAAGCCAUUUGGAAGAAUGCUCUGAAGGUCUACGCCAUGUUCACCGUGAUGCUGGCUACAGUGACAAGUGUGCUGUCCGAGUUCGAUGUGGGCCCCAAGCAUUGCAACUACAAGACCGCUAUCCUUGAGAUCGGCGGCGAGGACAACACCCUAGCAGCGGCAGAGCUUGGACAAAGCGUUGUCGAGCCCCUCAGCACGACCGAGUUCCUCGAGGACAUUGGGCUACGGCAACUACGUGGCCUACUUGAUGCGUUCUCCCCACGGGUCCUGUGGGUAUGUGAAGAAAGUGGACAGGUACUACCACGCCACCCCGUCCUUGAGGCAGGCGCUGCGCAGUUGACGAGGAGCGGAACUUUCGUCCUUCAGCAGCCCCUGGACAAUGCCACGUACUGGGCAGAGGCUUUCGAGGACCACUUUAGGCACUACGACCGGGAGACCCACGUCACCGACGACGACAUCACCUACGUCAUCCGCGUGGAACCACCAACGGAGGAUCCCGGUGCGCAGACCUGUUUUGCCGUUGAUCGAGAAAGAGAUCGAGCUGAAGUACCAGGACCAAGAGGGGCAAGUGCAGUUUCGUUUCCAGACACGGUGCCUAAACAUGUUCAGGCAUCACUGACGCGCUUGCAUCAGAACCUCGGUCAUCCUAGUGUCGGUGACCUGGUCCGUCACCUGAAGUAUGCUGGCGCAGAGGAAUCCGUCGCCGCCAAAGCGCUCAAGCGCCAAGUCUGUGAUCGCAACAAGAGGACACAUGCCCCGCGCCCAGCAGCACUACCUUCACUACUAGACUUCAACUCCCUCGUCUCCGUUGAUGUCUUUCAUGUCUUUGAUGCCAACCGCAAACGACACGCACUGCUAUCGAUCAUUGACCACGCCACCACCUACCACAUUGCUUACCGCCUUCACGGCCACUCGACCCAGGACUACGAGAAUGCAUUCGUCCACGGCUGGGGGAACACUUUUGGAGCACCAGUAACUUUGUCUGCCGAUCUUGAGACCGGACUACAAGCGGGCCUGACCAGGUACGCCGAGUUCUGUGGAGUCCGCAUGCGGCGCUCCGCUGGGCAAGCACACUGGCAGCAAGGAUUGGUCGAAAGGCACCAGAUGUGGUACGAGGAUAUCAUCCGACGGGUCAUCGAUGAGCAGGCCGUGACGGAGGAGGACAUUGACAUGGCGAUAGCCUGUGUGAAUCAGGCGAAGAAUCAACUACGGAGACGGCAUGGAUUUUCGCCAUCUCAAGCGGUGUUCGGAAAAGAUCCUUCUACGCCAGGCGACCUUCUCGCCGGGCAAGAUGAGGAGCGCUUCCUGGAGAUUAUGACUGCCGAUCGGAAGCGGCAAAAGGAGAUCAAUAUCCGGAACGCGGCCAGAGUUGCUUUCUUCAGGUCACAAACGGAUGCUCGACUUCGCCGAGCAUUGAUCCAACGGGCCAGGGUCAAACACACCGCCUAUCACAUCGGGGAAAUGGUUUGCUUCUUCCGUAUCGAAAAGAGUGCCACAAAACGCGGCGUUUGGCGGGGCCCUGGCGUGCUGGUUGGAUGCGAAGGUCCUACGAACUGGUGGGUUUCGUAUGGUGGCCGUUGUCAUCUUGUUGCUGAAGAACAUCUCCGGCCUUCUACCGCGGAGGAGUUGAAUGAGCUACUGUCUACCAGAGUGGCGAAGGAAGACCUAGAUCGGUUGCUCCGGAACAAUCCUGACGAUCCCGAAGUCUUUGAGCCAGAGGACGAGAACGAGAAGGACUUGGAUCUGGAGGACUACGAGCCCUCUCUUGUUGACGAUCAAGACUUCGAGUUCAAGUUCCCGGCCGGCGACACCGAGAUGCUGGAUUCGGACAUCGACAAGGACUUGCUCCCUCCUGAGAUCCAGGCUCCCAGCUCUUCGGGUGACUAUGGUCCAGUGCCCCGAAGGAUCACCGGGAAGCGCAGUGGCGGCCGAGGCGCCCCAUACACUGCCCUGAUGUUGAAACAGGCCGCUACGGAGAGAUCGCGGGAGAAGCAACAUGAGAAGGAGCUGCCGUGGCGACUUAUUCCGCCGUCAGAACAUGAGGGCUUCAAAAGUGCAGAGGACAAACAGAUCCGGGAACACCUGGAUAGCAAAGCCCUCACACCGUUGUCUGUGGAGGAGAGCGCGGAGAUUGAGAAGACGGUCCACCCGUCUCGCAUCCUGGGCUCUCGAUGGGCCUACCGAGACAAGAACUACAGCAAGCGCCGUGUCGAUGAGUCUGUUCCCUGGAAACACAAAAGCAGACUGGUGGUUUUUGGGCACCUCGAUCCUGACGUGGGCAAAGUGCUUACAGAUGCUCCCACCAUAAACCGUUUGUCCAUUCUGACUCUGCUCCAGUUCGUGGCUUCGAGACUGGACGACGACGAACCUUGGCGGGCCAGCGCAGGCGAUGUUACUGCCGCGUUCUUGAAUGGGGAGCAGAUCAGCCGGCAGUUGUUCAUGAGACAACCGCGGACCGGAGUCCGCGGCAUGGCUCCAGGAGCCAUCUUCCGCAUCGAGAAGGGCAUUUUUGGGCUUGUGGAUUCUCCGAGGUCAUGGUGGCUGGAGUUGAAGCAGAUUCUCCUCGACCUCACCGUCGAGUACCAGGGGGUUGUGCACCACUUCAAGCAGAGCAUCCUGGACCCGUGCGUGUUCAUUCUCGUGCCCAGCUCCGACCAGGACGCGACGCCCAAGGCCUACCUGGGCGUCCAUGUGGAUGAUCUUCUGUUGGUUGGCGGCAGCAAGUUGACCAAGGCGAUUGAGAAGGCCCUGGACGCUGUGCUGCCAAUCGACGAAUGGGAAGACAACGAGUUCGACUACGUGGGUUCCCACGUGAAGGUCACCACCGAGGGCGUCUACGUGGACCAGGCGGCGUACACGAACAGUCGGCUCUUCCAGAUCGACAUCCAGAAGGGCCAACUGGACACGGACCAGGCGACGGCCGAGCAGGCCAUCGACAACAGGAGUUUGGUUGGUGCUUUGAGCUGGCUGGCUUCUCAGACACGGCCAGACUUGCAGGUGUCCGUUUCCUUCGCACAACAGCUCCAGAAGGACCCCAGUGUGGCGGAUGUUAAAUUUACGAAUGCUACUGCUAGAAGAGCAAUGGAAUUCCAGCAACAUGGCGUUUGGCUCCGCAAACUGGACCUGGACUCCCUUGAGAUCCUGAUCUUCCACGAUGCCGCUUGGGCUAAUGCCCUGCCACGGGACACGGAAGAAGACGAUCCUGACUUUGUGCUCAGCCAGGAGGACCAUGAGAAAGGGUUCAUGUCGGGCACCCCGUUCGACAACAAGGACCGGAAGCCAAAGAAGGCCAAUUCAAGAGUGGCCAGCCAGUACGGCCUUUUGGUGGCCCUCGGAGAUCGCCGCUGCUACACGGCAGAGGGCGGACCUAUCAGUCUUGUGGACUGGAAGUCGUCUGCGAUUCAGAGGGUGUGUCGCUCAACCUUCACUGCAGAGACGAUGGCUUGCACUGAAGGGGUGGAGAAUGGCCAAUAUAUUCGGUCAUACAUCCACUCACUGCUUAGCGGUAGGCUACAGAAGGUCGAAGACCUCGCGGGAAAGAAUGUGCGAUACUACUCCGAUUGCAAAUCCUUGUAUGAUCAUUUACACAAGGAGGGAGCGACGAGAGUCUCCAGCGAUAAACGGCUGGCCAUAGACUUGGCUGCCCUGCGACAGUCACUCAGCGCCGAGCGCCGGGAGGGACGAUAUCCUCUCCACUGGCUUCCCACCUUUAAGCAACUUGCCGAUGUGUUGACUAAGCCAAUGUCCCCUGAGUCUUGGUGGAAAGCCGUGGAGAAUGCUGUUGCAAUGACUCUCCUAACCCCUGUACAAUAG